AUGCGUGAGAUGGACGCUCUCAUCUCGGAGUACCGCCAUGAGAAGAAGCGUCCCCGAGAAUCGGAGGCCCUUUUCAUCCUCCGCAAGGUGGCCUCUAUCGUCAAGCCGAUCAUGCGUCAGCGCUCCUGGCGCGUGGGGGCACUCUGCGAGUUCUACCCAAAACAGAGCAAUCUGCUAGGGCUGAACGUCAACUCCGGUCAGAAGAUUUGCCUGAGAUUACGGUAUGCUUCUGACCAGAAGCAGUUCCUGCCUAUCGAGCAGGUUGUGGAUACCAUGCUUCAUGAACUCUGUCAUAUUGUCCAUGGUCCUCACCACAGACAAUUUCAUGCAUUGUGGAAUCAACUUCGGGACGAGCACGAAGAACUCGUGAUCAAGGGAUACACCGGCGAAGGCUUCCUUUCCCAAGGAAAACGUCUCGGUGGAAACAGGAUCCCGCUGGAUGAGGCGCGGCGUCAGGCUCGUGCAGCUGCUGAGCAGCGGCGCGCUCAAACUAAGAACUCAGGAAAGAAGCUCGGUGGGGCUCCUGUCCUGCGUGGAACCGACAUACGCAAGCUGCGCGCAGAUGCCGCCCAGCGACGUAUCGAGGUGACCCAGGGAUGUGCAUCAGGAACCGAUCACAGCACCGAGCUUGCUGAGGAGGCAUCUCGGAAUGGGUUCAGGACGAAGGCUGAGGAAGAUGAUGCGAACGAGGCAGCCAUCAUGCAGGCCUUCGUCGAAUUAAUCCAAGAAGAAGAGCGCGAGAAGUAUGGCGAUUCUUACAUUCCCCCGAGCCAGGAUAAUCCUGCCGGACCCCAUACGCAGUCGUCACCACCUCCACCUGAUUCUCGAGACAAAUCACAAGUCACACCUGUGGAGACACCUCAAGCGGAGACUCCCGAGGUGCUCGAUCUCGCAACGGAUAAUAUCUCAUACGACACUCCGUGGACUUGUCCGGCAUGCACAUUGAAAAACCCUCCCAACUUUCUCUGCUGCGAGGUCUGUGCAUCAGAACGGCCCGCUCCCGCAAACGCCAAGUCAGAAGAGCCUGCGGAAAGUCCAGCACUCCCUGAUCGGACGUGUUCAGAACCGCAGAGGCCAAAUAAGCGCUCGCUGCCAGAUGACAAGACCGAAGAAGACGACAAAGCCGCACCACGCGAUACCUUUGCUUUCAAGAAUCGAACCCGGGCUUUAGACACACUAAAGGCCUUGGAUCGCGAUGUCAAUAAAAGACGUUUGGGGUGGAAUUGCGGCUUUUGCGGUUCUUUUAUGGAAUCGCAAUGGUGGACAUGUUCUUCCUGUGGAACGAUGAAGGCGACCUCUUGA